GUGAGAAAGGAUGAGGAGAACUGAAGGAGCCAAGCAGUGCAGGGAAGCCAAAGCAGCUCCAGAGGAAAGAAGCUGGGACUGACGACACAGAUGGAGCGUGACUCUGGAAUACAAAGGGCUGGAUUUACAGGCCCCUAUUAUCAGGAGGGAGACGUCGUUUGAUGAGGAGCUGUCACAGCGUGGAGAUGUACGCUUUUUAUUCCCUUUUAGUCUACAUCUUCUACACUGUCUUCAGGAAGGAGGACGAGGAAGAUGCCUUAGAGGGGGCCUCUAGAGCUUCCCCAGAUGAGCCAGGACCUGUUUCCAUGGAAACAAGGAGAAGAGAUGGCCACGCCCCCAGAACAGGAGAGAAAUCUUUUGCUGGAUUAAGUGAAUCAAGCAGCAGCAGUGAAAGUGAUGAGCUGAGUGAAGAAGAUGAGGAUGAUGGAACAGAUAUCCCUGUAUGCACACCACUGGCGGCAUUUUUGUCCUUUAAACAGGAGGCUGAGAAGAGGAGAGUCUCCCAAGUUCAGAUGGAGGCAACAGCCAAGCUGGCGGAGUCUCCCCUUGUGGCAGUGAUGUCCCACUUGCUAAGCUUUCUGGAGCAGUACUCCCACUUCCAGCAGCUGCAGCAGCAGGCCGACCAGUACAGGGUUCAGCUGAAGAGGCACCGCGUCCAGCACCGCCGUCAGAUGAAGGCUCUGCGGGCCUCCUACCGCCAGCGCAUCAGGGACAAGAACAGCAUCAUAAGUAGCCUGGAGGAGGCCAUCAGUCAGCAGCAGAGUCUGAGCCCAAUGAGUGAGGGUGAGUCCAGCUGUGACGUAGCGACUCCUUCUGGUGUGCACAGUCUGGUGGAGUCUCUCUGUGGGCUGCAGGGUGAGAGGAGUAAACUAAGAGGAGAGCUCCGCCUGCUGCACUCACAGCUGGAGCAAAAAGAAAGAGACAGACAUACCAGAAUAGAGGCCUUUCAGCACCAGAUUGAUGAACUAAAGAGCUGCAUAGAGGAGCGUGAAGAGGAGCUGUCGAGACUGAGAACAGCCACUGGGGCCACAGACUCAGAGAAGCGUGUGCUCUGUCUGUCAGCUGAGAACGAAAGCCUGAAACAGAACCUGAGCAUUACCCAAGGCCUCCUGCAGCAGCUCUCCGCCAUCCCAUCUCAGUCCAGCAACAUGCUCAUCAAGGAGAAUGAGAACCUUCGUGGCAGAGUUCAACAGCUGGAGCUCUCCCUGCAGCAGCGGGCGGAGCAGCUCACACAUCUGGAGAGAAAAAGUGAACAGAGAGAGUGGAGGAGAGGAGAGGAGCUGAGAAAACGCGAAGACAGGGUGCGAGAGCUGGAGCUGGAGCUUAAUAAAGAAAGAGGCAAGGAGCCAGUUGUAAAGUAUGUCACCCAGACAGUGGAGGUGGAAUCUCCAGCCACAGUCAAACAGCUGACCAAAGCCAGGCAGAAGAAUGAGGUUCUGUCUGAAAAGCUGUCCAAUCAGAAUGAGAGGUGCAAACAGCUGGAGGAACAGAUCAGGAAGUCAGAUGAAUAUAGCUGCAACCUGCAGCACAAGAUUGCAGCGUAUGAACGGGAGAUUUGUAAGCUGCGAGAGGAACUGCUGAAGGAGAUUGGCCACUUGGAGGAGAGGAAAGAGGAGGCUGUGAAGGCUGCUGCCAGCUGCUCUGCUGAACACUUCCAGAACCUUCAGGACCAAUUCUUCACUUUGCAGAAGCGUCUUACAGCUCUCCCUCCAACCCUGCGCUCCAUGAAAACAGACUACGCCAGUCUAAGGAGUCAGGUUCGAAACUUCUCUGACUUUUAUGGUGCAGCGAUCAAUGAAGCCAAGAAGCAGAUUUCAGCAGCUAUCAGUGAGAUGUCUGAAGCCAACAAGGAUCUUCUGGAGAAAUACAGGAAAGAGGUGGCCCUGCGCAGGAAGUUACACGAGCAGCUGGUGGAGCUGAAAGGCAACAUCCGUGUGCUCUGCCGGGUGAAGCCUGUGCUGAAGGAGGACCAGCACGAGGAAGGUCAGUCUGUUGUUGUGACGACGGACCCCAACAACGAGUCCUCCGUCACUGUGAUGAGCAAGGGAAAGAGUCGCAGCUUUGAGCUGGACAAGGUCUUCCAGCCUCAUGCCACACAGGAAGAGGUCUUUCAGGAGAUUGAACCUCUUGUGACGUCCUGCAUUGAUGGCUACCAUGUCUGCAUAUUUGCAUAUGGGCAGACAGGCUCUGGAAAAACCUACACCAUGGAGGGCACUGUGGAAAACCCAGGAAUUAACCAGCGAGCUCUGAAACAUCUCUUUAGUGAGAUCGAUGAGAGAAAGGACAUGUGGUCUUACACAGUCACAGUCAGCUCUGUGGAGAUUUACAAUGAGGUGCUGAGAGAUCUGCUGAGUAAGGAUGGGGAGAAGUUGGACAUAAAAAUUAACCCAGAUGGAACCGGACAGCUGCAUGUACCAGGCCUCAGGGUUAUAGAAGUCAGGAACUUUCAUCAUAUUAAGAAGAUUUUAGCUACAGCUCGAAGGAAUAGGAUCACCUUUGGGACCCAGAUGAACCAGCACAGCUCACGUUCCCACGCUCUGCUGUGCGUCACUGUCCAGGGUACUGACCUCGCCUCUGGAUCUAAAACCACAGGUAAGAUGAACCUAGUGGACCUGGCUGGCUCUGAGAGAGUGUGGAAGUCUGGUGCUGAAGGAGAGAGGCUGAAGGAGGCCCAGAACAUCAACCGCUCUCUGCUGUCGCUCGGGGACGUCAUUCAGGCUCUUCGGGGUCGGCAUACUCACAUCCCCUUCAGGAACUCUCGUCUCACGUACUUAUUACAGGACUCCCUGGGUAAAGGCAGCAAGACUGUCAUGGUGGUGCAGGUUUCCGCUCUGGAGAGCAAUGUGGGAGAGACGCUAUGCUCUCUGAAGUUUGCUCAGAAGGUGUGCAAAGUGGAGCUGGGACCAGCAGCCAGGAAAAUCGAAUCAGGUGUAGGGCAGUGCGAUUGAGGAUCCUUGAAGGCAUCACAGAUUCCCGUUACAGUACUUGAGAAAAAGUAUUCACAGCCCUUCAGAUCUUAACGUCGUCAUGUUACAGCCCAAAUAUAUUAUGCAUUUUAUUAGGGUUUUUUUUUUAAUAGACAGUAUAAUUUUAUGCAUUGUUGUGGAAGUUGGUGAAAAAAUGGUUUUAAUUUUUAUUUUCUUUAACAGAUAGAAAUGUGGGUCAGUUUUCUUCCCUUCUAUAAAGUUCUACACUAUAAAGAACCAGUUUCCAUUAAAUUAACGGUGCAAAGCUUUGUGGUAUGCCUUUACCACUUUUGCACAUCUAAAGAGUAAAAAUGUUGGAAAAUGUAUCUUUGCAUAGUAGUUUAAGUCUCACUCAAGUGGAGAAUAUUUAUGAACAUCAGUUUUUUAAGUAAUAUACAGAAGUUACAUUAAACCAUUUGGCUACUGAUUAUGAGACUUCUAAAGGAAAUCAUCAGUCAAGGUUUUAUUUUAUAAAAGUUGGUUGAAUACAAAUGCUUGGCACCUGUUUGAGAUGAUUUAAAGCUUUAAAAUC